AUGAGGGAAUGGGAGAAUAGGAAUCGUGGGUUGAGGGAGCUGGAGGAGGUGGCCGGCUCUUCAAGAACAGGAGAACAGCUUGUGCCAAGGCUGGGAGGUAGAGCUGGAUAUGACUGGUGGGCCAGCGGCGAAGCGCAGAGUGGGCGGGAAGAGGCUGGGGAGGCCCACCCGAGUGUGGCUGAAAGCUCUUUGAGGACUAGGGGCUGGGGUGGGGACAGCCAUGCUGUGACAGCCUCUCCUGCUCCAGCCCUGCAGCUGGUGAGCAGUAAGAGGGACUUGGUUCUGGUGAAGGAGGCGCUGAGCUGGUACGACGCCCAGCAGCACUGCCGGCUGCACUACACAGACCUCGCUGACCUGCAGCCAAGUGGCCUGUGGAAGCUCUACUCCCUCAUGACCAGCACCCCGGCUUGGAUUGGCCUCUUCUUCGACGCAAGCACUUCUGGCCUGAGAUGGUCCAGCGGCUCCACCUUCACAGCCCUGGAGUGGGGCCAGAAGCUACCCGAAUUUGGGGUGGGCUUCUGUGCCACGCUGUACACUUGGCUGAAAUUACCCAGCAUAGGGGCUGCCUCCUGCACAGCCCAGAAGCCCUUCCUCUGCUACUAUGACCCUGACGUCGGGCACCUCAUCUCCACGAAGCCCUCUCUCAGCCUGACCAUCUCUCCAAAGCCAGCUGUGGUCCAGAUCAGUGGUCAGACCUUCAUGCGAUUUGACCAAGUGAUGACAUGGUCCUCGGCCCUGCUGUACUGCCGCAGCCACCACACGGAUCUGGCCGACCUGCAGAUGGUGACGGAUGAGACAGGCAAGGAGGCCUUGAGAUCCAUCAUGAGUGAGACUGAAGCCUGGAUUGGCCUCUACCUCAAUGCAAACUCUGGAUCUCUGAGCUGGUCCAGUGACCUGGGGGCCAGCAUCCCCUCCUGGCUGCAGGUGCCGAUGAUGGUGAGAGGACUGUGCACAGCUCUUGGCAUCUAUAUGACCUACUCCCCAAAAGUGUAUUCAGUGAACUGCUCUUCCCUGCUGCCCUUCAUCUGCUUCUAUGACCCCUCCACUGGACACCGGGCAUCAGCAGAGUUGCCUCCACUCUUCCACACUUCCCCCACAGAAAUGACAGAGGAAACAACUCCCAGGCCAGGCAGAGCUGUGGCCAGUGUAGGGAGUGGCACUGAUAGAAGAGAUACAGCUGCUGCCACGGAGGCCCAACAUCUGAGUUCAGAAUCUAAAGAAAAAACAUCAGCACAAAAAUCAGGGCACCCUUUUGGAAUCUUGAAAGCAGACUUUACCAUCUCAACUCUGAUGGACCCAGAAGAGAUGAAAGACCAAUUUCUGAGACAGAUCCAGGAAGUCUUAAAGCUUACAUUAGGUCACGAACAAUUUAGACUGAAAUGGGUCAGCUUCGAAGUGAACAAAAAAUAG